AUGUCUGAUACCACCACCACCCCAACCUCCCCCCCUGCCCCCGCACCUCCUCCCUCCAAGGGGAACAGGCGCGGGCGAAAAGCCGGUCCCGCUGACAACUCUAACUCUGAAUUUGCCAACUUUCCUGAAGUAGAGUAUUUUAUUGCACCAGGACCGAGAGGAUACCCACCCCUGACAGAGUUCCUGGACAUCUGGGAAGUGGAUAUGAUGAGGAGAACUGAUGAGAGCAACAAGUUAGAGCACCACACUGCGCUCUACAACUCGGAACAUCUCGUCAUUCGCAGAGCACAAGAGUUCCAGAUCAAGCUGACCUUCAAUCGGCCCUACAAGCCCAAUGAAGACAAGUUUGCAGUGGAGUUUACCAUUGGCUCAAGUCCACAGUUCAGCAAAGGCACUUACAUCCCUGUAUUCUUCACAAAGGACCGUCAGAGUGCAUGGGCAGGCCGCAUCAUUGCAAGCUCAGAUAACGUCAUCACUGUAGGCAUCACUCCUGGAACAAAUUGCAUCGUGGGGAAGUACAACUUAUACGUUGCAGUGGUCACACCUUAUGGCGUCCGCAGGACACGACCAGACAAGAGCAGAGAGAUGUACAUCCUCUUUAACCCCUGGGCAAAAGAUGAUGCUGUGUUCCUGGAUGAUGAGAUGGAGAGGGAGGAGUGUGUGAUGAAUGAGAUGGGCAUCAUCUACCAUGGAGCUUACAACGACGUUGCUGAAAGAAGUUGGAACUAUGGACAGUUCAACUUUGGAGUCCUGGAUGCUUGUCUCUUCGUCUUGGAUCAGUCAGAAAUGCCCAUCAUCAACAGAGGAGACCCCAUCAAAGUGGCCAGACAAGCUUCUGCCAUGAUGAAUUCUCAAGAUGACAAUGGUGUGUUGGUUGGAGAUUGGAGUGGUGACUACUUCUACGGAGUGUCACCCACUUCCUGGACCGGCAGUACAGACAUCCUGAUCAGCUAUGCCAGAAGCAAAACACCCGUCCGCUAUGCUCAGUGCUGGGUCUAUGCUGGCGUCUUCAACACAUUCCUGCGGUGUCUGGGCAUCCCGUCUCGGGUCGUUACCAACUUCUUCUCUGCACAUGACAACGAUGGAAAUCUGAAGACAGACAUCAUCUUAGACGAAAACGGCAGAAUUGACAGAAACCGCACCAGGGACUCUGUAUGGAACUACCAUUGCUGGAAUGAGUGCUACAUGUCUAGGCCCGACCUCCCCCAGGGCUAUGGUGGCUGGCAGAUUGUGGAUGCAACUCCACAGGAGACCAGCGAUGGUCUGUACAGAUGUGGACCAGCAUCAGUCCAUGCAAUCAAACAUGGAGAGAUAUGCUUCCCCUUUGAUGCAGCCUUUGUGUUUGCUGAGGUUAACAGCGAUGUGGUGUUUUAUUCCCGAAGGAAAGACGGGACUAUGGAUCUUGUCAAAGUCAAUCGCACUCACAUAGGCCGCAUGGUUUUGACCAAAGCUCCAGGGGACGAGACUCGCCGUGACAUCACCAAUCAAUACAAGUUUCCUGAGGGCACCACAGAGGAGAGGACUGUCCUGGAAAAGGCAGAGGAGUACGGCUGCCAACGCAUAAAGGCUGACCCACCCCUGGCUGAUGUGGACCUGACUCUGCCAACUCUGGAGAUCAGUGUCGGCGAUGACUUUGAGUUGGAUCUGGAGUUUGUAAACCGUAGUAAGGAAAAGCGAACAGUGGAGGCUUACAUCAGCGGGAGUGUGGUUUACUAUACUGGUGUUUCCGGCCAUGAGUUCCUCUUCAGAACUCCUACUGUACAAAUUGGGCCACAAAAAAGUGUCAAGGAGCUGGUGCAGAUUGAGUCCAAAAAGUACAUGCAGCACCUGGUGGAACAGGGCAACCUCAACUUUAUUGUAACAGGGAAGAUCAAAGAGACGGGCAGGAUCAUCACUGCAACCAAACUUGUUGCUCUACACAACCCCAAACUCACUGUGGAGGUUUCUGGAAACGCCAAAGUGAAUGAAGAGAUGAUGGUGACUGUGGAGUUCACCAACCCCUUCAGCUUCAGCCUUGAAGACGUGAACGUUCGCAUGGAAGGACCUGGAGUCAUGCUGCCGAGACGCAAAACUUUCAGUCUGAUCCUUGGAAACUCCAAUCUGACCUGGACUGAGCAGUUCAGCCCUCUAAGGGCCGGCAAAACCAGGAUCAUUGCCACUCUGGACUGUCCUUCUCUGCGGCAGGUCGACGGUCAGGUGUCCUUUACUGUUGAACCCUGAGGAACGCCGCUAGAUGAGCUAGCAGCAAUCAGCCUCCCCUCCAUACUAUCUCUUAAAAAUGACCCCUUCAGUAAAACUUUAAUCUUAAGCUAAUAGGUUAGCCUAGUUAACCCUUUAACACCAGAGCUUUUGCUUCAGUGUUGACAUUCUUUGGACUACUGCAACUGUUUAACCAUGUACGCCAUAUUGAACAUAAUUGCAGUGCGCUGUUACAUGACACUUUGCUAACAAUAGUUUUUUUCACCAAAACUUGUGUUGCAUAUCUGCACAAAACGAAAAUCAGUGCAGAAGAUGGUGCAAAGACAACAUGCAAAUAUUGUUUUCUCCGCAUCAGAAUCAGAUUCACACCAUUCACAUAAACAGUCGAAGCAUACAGUAAGAACGACUAUCAUUUUUGAUGUUUUCAGCAACAUUUUCUGUAUCAAAGCGUUAAAACUUUGAUAAAUAUGUGGUAGUUUAAAAAUAGAUUUAAACAUGUUUGCCUAGAUUUCUGUUAAUUCCUGGCUGUCCUGCUGUUGGGCUGCAGCGUUGAUCACAAAAUUUAACCAGCAUCUGAUCCCAGUCAAAGUGAUCAAAGCUUUAUUAGACUGUUAACAUCAUGUAGGAUUUAGAUGAAUCUGUCUAUCGAAAAAAUUCACAUCAAGCAUCAUUUGUUCCCUGUUUUUAUUCUGUCUUGAUGAUAAAUGGAAGUAUAUAUAUUUCCUUAUAUAUUCUGGUAUAAUACUGCAUGCUUUCAAAAAAUUAAACUUCUUGUUAAAAUA